AUGGGUUCCCCCAUCCUGGUGUCUGGCAUCCGGGAGCUGGAUCCUGAGACCUUGGCGUGGUUCAUUUGCGGGCUCCUGACGUUUGAAUUGGUGCUGGCGAGCGUCCUCGACUUGGUUCCGCUUUUCAAGACAUACAGAAAACUCCGCGAUGUGGUUUUGACUCGCAAGAGACAGGGCUCGGAGGGCAUCACUGGCGAAAAGGAGGAGUGA